CUAAAUGGGACCCAUACACCCAACUGCUGGCUUAAAAUCUUCGACAGAAAAUCCAAAUCCCAAGCGUUGAGAAGCUUUGAUGGUCCCGGUCACCGUUCUCAUUUCCUUGUAGCUGAAGUCUCCCAAAACUAUCUUCUCUCUCAGAAAAUAUCGAUUUUUAUGUUGGAUUCUUGAUUAUUCAAGCUCCUCUGCUAUGGAAAAGAAGAAAGAUUACAGUAAUAAGGAUGGGAAGAAGGUGUUGGAUGGGCUUUUAGAUGGCUUCUCUCCAGUCUCUACGCCUAGAAUCUUUUGGAAAUCUCGAAGGAGAUCAGAAUGGUAACUCAUUUCCAACAGCUAGCGGGAGGAAUUUAGACAAGGUAACAGACGAUACAGCUAAAGAAACUCCUAGCAAACAGGAAGAAAUUUCCAAUGAUGAAGACAUGCAGGAGCCCAAAGAACUUCCAGAACUCUCAGAACGGCGAAAAGCUCUCUUUGAACCAUUGGAACCUGUGACAAAUAUCAAUGGAAAACGACCUUCAGCUGAAUCCCUUCUACCUCCACCUGAUUUUGACUCAGCAAGCUAUCCCAAGGGUUGGCUAAUUGGAAAGAAGCGGAAGCUUGUUAAUGUAGAUGUUGUUGAGAGCAUGAGAAGGAUUGCUGUUCAGGAAAUGAACAGAAAGGACCGAGAGAUUAAUGGCCUAAAUGAGCAGUUGGAAGAGGAUGCGAGGUGUUUAGAACACCUGCAACUCCAGCUUCUCCAAGAACGAAGUAAACGUGCUGAGGUAGAGAGAGAGAAUGCUAUGUUGCACGACCAAAUAUCCAUGCUGAUGAACAUGAUAGAGGAAAAUGAACAAAUGGGCGAUCAAGGUGCCACAGAUGAGGGCCCUGAUGAGCCUUAAAAGAUAGCUUUGCUUCUCUUUUUUCUUUAUAUUUUAUUCUUUUAUAGGUUGGUUUGAAUGCAUGGAUGUCCUGAUAGUUUGUUGGAAGUCGUAUUACCUUGUGCAUGAUGGAUGAUGUUUAUAGUUUUGAGUAUCGCAUUUGUAGGCAUAUACAUCAAAAUAAUUUGUCCAUUUGUAAAUCGCCUGCUUGCCCAACAACAUUUUUUUUUAUCAA